AUGAUGACCAGUUUGCAACAAGCACACUCACCAUAUCCAGGACUUCAACAUCAGGGUGUUCCCCAGGGUCAUAUGGCGGGAAUCCCUCAUACUCAAGGUCAACAAGGCCAACCAGGUCCAGGUAUGCCUCAGCAGAUUCAUAUGGGAGUCUCUGGACCAGGUGGUCCUCAAGUAACCCAAGCUGGUUCUAUGAUGGCUGGAAUGCCACCUGGGGCUGGCGGACCAAAUGCACAUGCUUUACAACAUCUAAAUCCAAAUCAACAGGCGCAGGCGCAGGCACUCUUUCAACAACAACAACAACAACAACAACAACAACAACAACAGAUGAUGAACCAUCCACAAUUGUUGCAACAACAGCAAAUGUUAGCACAGCAACAAGCAUCUAGGCAACGCCAGGUUCUUUUGGCUCAGCAAUACAGUGGUGGGAUGCCAAAUGGAAUGCCGAUGAAUAUGCAUGGGAUGAAUCCAAACCAAAUCAACCCAGGGCAAUACGCAUUGCGACAUAAUACUCCUGGAUUGGCUCGCCCAGUAAAUCUACCGCAACAUCUUGCGCAGCAACAGCAGAUAGCUCAAGAUAAUGUCAAUCAACAGCAAGCACAUCAACAACAGAAUCAUCAGAUGUUGAUGGCAAUGCAGCAACAAAAUGCCCAAAAUCAUGGACCGAAUGGCCAAGCAGGGCAUCAUCAAAUGACGCCCCAGCAAAUACAACAAUUUCAACAGCAUCAACUCGCGCAGCAGCAGCAGCAACACCAGCAGCACCAGCAGCAACAGCAGCAGGCCCAGAUUAAUCAUGCCCAAGCUCAGGCUCAGGCACAGGCUCAGGCACAGGCUCAGGCACAGGCCCAAGCUCAAGCCGCAGCUGCUUCCCAGCAACAGAACCAAAAUCAAUCACAGGCUCAGAAUCAACCACCUCACUCAGCCUCAGCACCUCAGUCCCAACCACCUCAACCACCAGCAAUACAAGCUCAGCAACCACCUGGAACACUUCAGCAACAGCAACAGCAGCAGCAGCAACAGCAGCAGCAACAGCAGCAGCAGCAGCAGCAACAGCAGCAACAGCAGCAACAGCAGCAGCAACAGCAGCAGCAGCAGCAGCAGCAACAGCAACAGCAACAGCAACAGCAACAGCAGCAGCAGCAGCAACAGCAACAGCAACAGCAGCAACAGCAUGCUGCUGCAAUGUUACAACAGCAACAAGCGGCAAGACAAGGAGACAAAUUAUUGGGUCAAUGUCCCAUGAGAUUAGCAAAAUUUGGUGAAGGUCUUAGUAACUUUUGCAAGGAAACCAAGCCAUUAUCUUUUUACAUGACGAGUGGCGCUUCGCGGUUGGUUGCUGAGGCCAUGAAAGCCAAAGAUGAUUUAGCAUAUUGGGGAAGCUUUGUGGAACAAUUCUUUUCACCUACAGGGGUCUUCCAUCAUUCCGUAUUUGUUACCGAUGAGCAUUCAAACAAGCAGUACCAAAUUACAUUUGCGGCGCUCCCGAGGUAUUUUCAUACCCAUUUCGAAAGUGGCAUAAAAAAUAUGCAGAUGAUUCUGGAGAAAGUGGACGAAAAAAUUCAACCGCACAGUCGUCGUCAUCUUGAAUACGAAAACUCAAGCUUCGUCUACUGGUUUGACAAUGGCUCGCACCUGGUUGCAAAUGGUACACUACGUGCUCUAUUUGAUGUAGAUCAGAAGCUAGACCUACUUGAGUUCGUGACUACUAGUCAUGAAGAGUAUGUCCCACGUAGCAUGGCUUUAGAAGCUGCAAGGCCACUUCAUAACUGGGGAAAAGAGUGGAAAACUAUGAAUACUGGACCGGAUGGAAAACCGUCGCCUGAGAUGAACAAGAAGAAGCAAAAGAUGAUGAAGUCCCCACCAAAUGCCCCUCCCGAUUUCGACCUUCCGGAAACGAAACUGAAAAGUAAUUUUGGAAUCACACCUGCAGUGUUUCGUUAUCUUGAGCUGGUUGAGGUCUUGGGUCAGAUGAAUUUUCUAUUUUCAUUCUCGCACAGUAAUCCCACACUUUCGCCUUAUAAUGCCCUCGAUGCAUAUGUCGCGGGAAUAAAUGCGAAUGGGGCCAACGGUGGUCAGCAAAACCCUUCGGGUUCACGAACACCAGGAAUGCCCAACUUCCCCAUUGGUGCCUCUCCCGCAGCUGCGCACUUGCAGUUACCAGAAGGAUCACCCCAUAUGCAUAUGGGAGGAAGCCCGGCUCAAGCUCCAGGAAUGCAGCUUCAACAGAGUCAGCACGGAACUGCGUCGAGUGGCGCAAGCGCAAAUACGAGCCCCAAUGUGAGUAACAAACGAAGAAGACCAAGUACAGUAAAGACUGAAGAAGACGGACAAGUCAAUGGGACAGCCAAAAACAAUGUUAAGCCUAGUCCACGCAUAACGAAGAGACAAAAAGGAAACGCGGCUUGA